AUGCGCACGACGGUCACUCCCCCAGACAUGCUGCUCUACACAGUGGCUGGUCUCUUGCUUCUCAUGAUCUACCAAGGACUCGAGCUUACUUGGAAGAUGCAACUCAUCCACUCGCUCCAUCGCAUCCAGCAUCCCGAAUCAGUUGCAUACAGCUAUGUGGGACGCGAUCAUCCUGCUGAACUUCCGCUCUACGUUCCGGAGGCGGCUAUGAACGCUGAAUGGCCCGAUGACGAGCUGUACGGGCUAUUCGAGGAUGAGGAGUGGGAGUCUCUCUUUCCGCGCGGCAACGGAUGGGUGACACUGGGGCCCAACGACGAGAUGUUUGUUCUCAGCAUGUAUCAUCAAUUGCAUUGUCUUUCCGUUUUGCGCCACGCCUUCGUCGCGGCAAACACAAGCACCCUCGUGUUUGGUCCGCGGGGGAACGGGACGGGUGUUGCACACCAUACAAACCACUGUCUGCAAUAUCUUCGCGAGCAGAUCGUCUGCAAGGCAGAUACUACACUUGAGGAGUCGGCUCUUUUCGUGGCCGACGACGGCAAAACGAAACAUGGCGCCACAGGGAUGGAUAUGGUCCACCGUUGUCGCGACUGGACGAAGAUCAGGGAUCAUCUUGAGGCAAACUUUGAGACGCGGCUUGAGAAGGGGCUUGUUGACAUCUACGGAGAAGAGAUCCUACAAGAGUAG